ACCGAGAACCCUGUCGAUGCCUGAACUGAUCCAGUUGAGUGAAAAAUAUGGAUUCUAUGAGGAUGUCUGCAAAGAAGACAUUUUAGAAGUGAAAACAUGCACAAGACCAGCUGUUACAAAAAUGAUGCAAGAAUGCCAGAGCAUCAUUUCGACCAUUGUCAUCCCCCUCUCUGCAAACAAGUCUGCUUUGCCAAACCUGAAGCUUGCAUGCAAGUAUCUUCGAUACUAUCAACAGUGCAUAUCUCAUCAAGGUUUGUUGAUGUGUUCCGAUGAAGGAAGCUCAAUUUCUGAUGCAAUAACAGCAUCGGCAGCACAGUAUUUCAGUGCCUACAAUUGGACCUGCGAUGCAGUGAGGGGGCUGUGCAGGAAUAUCAAAGUUGUAUCAUCCAAAAAACUCAGACAAUUUGUGCUGAAGAGUACAAAAUAAACGACAGGCUCCUUGAGACAUUUACAGAUGGCAUGUUUGGCAUGUACAAUUGGACAUGUGACCUGCACGCUGUUUCUUGUAUGGAGGACUUUAUUAUGGCCCACGUCACUGGCUGCAACGAGAUUAUGGCUAACCUCGUAAUUCCAUAUGCAAAAACUGGGGCAACCUGGAUGCAGUUGAAAACGGCUUGCAGGGGAGUUCAAGACUUUCAGACAUGUGUUCUCCAGGAAGGAUUUCAAUCUUGCAAAGACAGUAUGAAUGACACUAAGCUACUUAACACGGUCACAAAUGGUUCCUUCUCAAAUUACAGUUGGACGUGCAGCAUGCAAGCAAAAGUGUGUAAGGAAGAGUACCUAGAGAACUGUUCUACGUUGAUAACAACAGUGGUCUCCCCAAACAUCAAAGAACCUCUGGAGCUGUAUAAACUACGGCAGGCUUGCAAAGGUGUACACAGUUACCAGCAAUGUGUUGAAGACAUGAAAAAUGUCUGUCCUAUCAAAGGCAUUUAUUCAUUUGGUAACUUGUCAGAAAUGACACAUGAAAUAUUUGACACUUACAACUGGACCUGCAGUUAUGAAGGCUGCACUAAUCACACACUGACAUUUGCAUUAAAAAAAUGUGAGCACAUUCUUACCUCAUGGGUGAAGCCUUAUGCUCUUAACGGUUCUGAUGACGCAAAGCUGGACAAGGCUUGCAAAGGUUUAUAUAAGUAUGAAGACUGUGUUGUGGAAGUACAGAGGAGUUUCUGUCCAAAUCAAACAUUGACUGAUGUCAAAGCCCUUCAGAAUGCACUCCAAAAAGUUGAAUCUUAUAAUUGGACUUGCAUCAUCGGUUCUGACAAUUGCACGAACGCAAACUUGGAAACAAACAUUCAUGAAUGUACCAAGACCCUUGAAACAGAGGUCAUACCCCAUUUAGACCGAGUCUCUAACAUCCAAGUGGCUGAAAUAUUGUGCAAGCAUGUACGGGAAUAUCAAAUUUGCAUUUUGCAAGGGAGUAAGGCCUUGUGUCCACUAAAAACUGCAGCUGCAGUUCCAAACCUCAAUGAGCUCACAUCUGGCAUGUACACCAAGUAUGAGUGGCUCUGCACCUUCACACGGGCAACAAGGAGUUUCAGAACUGCAUCUUGGAAUCAGGAUCUCAAGUGUGCCCACACACUAACUUCAGAGAUAAAGAAACCACAGCAAAACUUACUAAUGGCUUGUUUAACAAGUACAGCUGGACAUGCUUGAAAGAAGGAAAGCUCUGUACAUCUCAAGAAACCAGAUCUGCAUUUGACAGCUGUUCUGACAUUAUAAGCAACAAAAUACUGCAGAACAUUAACAUCCACAAUCGCUCACAACUUCAAUCUUC